CCUAAAAAAAACAAAAACAAAAGUAAAGUUGUUUCUAUUUCUAUUCUAAUCCAUCUUCUUCCACAUCUUUCUUCUUCGGUCUCAAUUUUUCUUCCAAAUCUCAACAAUCCCAAUUUUCAAAUCCCUAAUUCCCAAUCUCAAAUCCAAUUCCCUUUUUCUCAUUCAACAACAAUCAAUCAUGGAUCUAGCUCCUGAAGAACUUCAAUUCCUCAACAUCCCUAACAUCUUAAGAGAAUCAAUUUCAAUCCCAAAAACUUCCCCUAAAACCUUCUACCUAAUUACCCUAACCCUAAUUUUUCCCCUUUCUUUCGCAAUUUUAGCUCAUUCUCUUUUCACACAUCCAUUAAUUUCUCAGCUUCAAUCCCCUUUCACUGAUCCUGCUCAAUCUGAACACGAUUGGACUCUUCUUCUCAUCAUUCAGUUUUUUUACCUAAUUUUUCUCUUUGCUUUUUCUCUCCUCUCCACCGCUGCCGUUGUUUUCACCGUCGCUUCACUUUACACCUCAAAGCCGGUGUCUUUUUCAUCUACUAUAUCUGCUAUACCAAAAGUUUUUAAGCGUUUAUUUAUUACUUUCUUAUGGGUCACUCUUCUUAUGAUUGUUUACAAUGUUGUGUUUGUUCUUAGUUUGGUUAUUAUGGUUAUAGCUCUUGAUAGUGAUAAUUCAUUUUUGUUGUUUUUAUCUGUUGUUGCUAUUCUCUUGUUGUUUCUCGUUGCUCAUGUUUAUAUUACUGCUUUGUGGCAUUUGGCUAGUGUUGUGUCUGUUCUUGAACCUAUUUAUGGUUUUGCUGCUAUGAAGAAGAGUUAUGAGUUGUUGAAGGGGAGGGUUAGGUAUGCUGCUGCUUUGGUUUGUGGGUAUUUGUUUAUUUGUGGGGUUAUUGGAGGGAUGUUUAGUGUGGUUGUGGUACAUGGUGGUGAUAGUUAUGGUGUGUUUUCUAGGAUUGUUAUUGGUGGAUUUUUGGUUGGUGUGCUUGUUAUUGUGAAUUUGGUCGGGUUAUUGGCGCAGAGUGUGUUUUACUAUGUUUGCAAGAGUUAUCAUCAUCAAGGGAUUGAUAAGAGUGCUUUGCAUGAUCAUCUUGGUGGCUAUCUUGGAGAAUAUGUGCCUCUUAAGAGUAGCAUUCAAAUGGAAAAUAUGGAUGUAUGAUUCUGGUUGGCGGACAAUUAACCCAAGUGGGUUUGAUUUGUAAGUUUGUUUUCUUUCUUUCUUAUCAUGUAAUGAUGAAAUUGUGUAAAAUGGUUCCGAAGGAAAGACUAAUGAUAGAUUGUAUGUUGGUUGAAUUUUCAA